CUGAAACUGACAGCUGAUAUGAAGGUCAAGGUCGUGGCUGGCACCCCUCUCCACUGCCACACCCACAAGGAGGACAAGAAGCAACCGGCUGUGAGGCUGGAGAACCACCACAAGAAUCAGAAUUCGGAUGAUGACAGUUCUACCACUCUAGGACAAGUGCUGGCCUUGGCAUUUAGUCCAAGCGGACAGUUGUUCAUUGCAGACAGUGAUUCCCGGAAAGUGAAUGCAAUUCGUGUGGUGGACCCUGCUGGUAGAAUGGCGGACUUUGCCGGAAGAGGUCAUUUCUUUGACAAACGGGACUGUGAUUGCAUGGCUAAUAACAGUUCAGGCACUAUUCCGUGCCAGUGCUGGACCGAGUCCAGUGUCAACUCUCGGGAGACUCUCAUGUCAACUACGGCUCGCUUCACCUCCAUCUCCGCCAUUGCUGUGUCUCCAGAUGGUGUGGUCAACAUUGCUGACCAGGGAAAUCUCCAUAUCUUGGCUCUGGAACACUACUUGGCCACUCAUGAUGAGAACGGAGAGUUUCGUAUUCCUUACACACCAACCGGUGAGGAGUACAUAUUUAACCGGUACGGACAGCACAUCGCCACCCGAGACAUCACCACCGGCAAGUCACGCUACACCUUCCUCUACAGCAAGAACACCAGCUUCGGCAAACUGUCCACAGUCACUGACAGUGCGGGCAACAAGAUCCUGUUCCUGCGGGAUUACAGCAAUGUUGUGAGUGCGAUAGAGAACACGCAGGACCACAAGUGCGAGCUAAACAUCUCUGGAGUUGGGUUCCUGACCAAGUUCUCGGAGAAGGGGCGCUCAGAAGUGGUGCUGGAUUACGACUCCAACACUGGACUGCUG